CGUAAUAACCUCACAAGUUUAAAUACAAAUAUUUAGAAAUGUGGAAUUGUUUUAUGUAACAGUGUGUCUUCUCUCCGCCCAGUUGAUCAAAACUCUCGUGCCCUCCGACCCUCUUGACUCCAGUGACGUCGUGCUGGAGGUCGUAUCAGGACGAACAACAGGAGGUGACAUCUGUCAGCAGUUCACCAGUGAAAUGUUCGACAUGUACGAGGGCUUUGCCUCUUACAAGAACUGGCACUUUGACCUUUUAAACUACACGUCUGCUGAGUAUGGCGGUUUGCACCAUGCAGCAGUAAGAAUAGCCGGGGAGAAUGUGUACAGACAUCUGAAGCAUGAAGGAGGAACACACAGGGUGCAGAGGAUCCCUGAGGUGGGCCUGUCCUCCAGGAUGCAGCGUAUUCACACAGGAACCAUGACUGUUAUAAUCCUGCCUCAGCCCGUGGAGUUUGACAUCCAAAUUGACCCAAAGGAUCUUCGCAUCGACACGUUCAGAUCUCGAGGGGCCGGAGGUCAAAGUGUCAACACAACAGACAGUGCAGUGCGCAUCGUUCAUCUUCCCACUGGUGUAACAGCCGAAUGCCAGCAGACUCGCUCUCAGCUGCAGAACAGAGACACGGCCAUGCGUGUGCUGAAGGCUCGGCUCUACCAGAGCAUGAUGGGUAAAGAGACAGAGCAGAGGCAUACAGCAAGAAAGCAGCAGGUGGGCACUCGUUCUCAGUCGGAGAGGAUUCGCACCUACAACUUCAGCCAAGAUCGUGUCACAGACCACAGGACUGGAUAUGUCACUCGAGAUAUCAAGGAGUUCAUGAGAGGAGGCGAGGCUCUCCAUGAUCUGAUCUCUGACGUCCGUGAACACGCAGAGAGGGAGGCGCUUAUAGAGAUGGUGGAGAGCUGCAGCAGCAGCAAUCUAAACUCACAAAGGCCUGGAAACCCCUCAGAGUAACAUGCAGGCAGUUGACUAUCAAAUGCACAGAAAAAAGCAAUUAUUCAUUUUUGGGCUGUUCUAUUUAUUUUGACAGUAGUGCUAUUUAUGCUUUAAGCUAUUUAAGACCAACUGCAGCUCAAUCAGAUGUCAUUUGAGAUGUUUAUUUUUGGUAAUAAAAUGUUAAACUCA